GCUGAGGCAGACAACAUCUUGAAACUGGCAGGUUCAUCACUGAGGUUGUCCAGCUGAAAAGAAAGACAGCUCUGGGUACAACAAGGAGGGGAAAGCACUUUCUUGUUAAAGUGUUGGCAACUCAUUGCUGGUUGGUGGGGAACAGUGAUGCUUUGUGAAGUCACUGCUGCCAUGUGUCCACCCAAGUGAGAACACCACUUGUAGGAAGGAAGAGCAUGGGAGACUAAGAGGAGACAACAUCCCAGGUCUGGCCGGGUCAUCCAAGCUGCUCAGCUAAAAGGAGAAAACUGUACAGGUCUCCAUAUGCUUCCGCUUUUAACCAACAAAGAUGGCUCAUGAAAUCAACUGGCUAAACAGUCAGGCUGGUAUGUGCAAGAUCAACUUCUACAGCCCUGAUGGACAGAAAGAUAAGGAACGUAAGGUGAUUUGCUUUGUUGAUGUUGCCAACAUAAAGGACACAUUUCCCAAAUUAAACAUAGCUACUGGCCAUUCCAGAAACAUUUCUUCUCCUACUAGGGAAUUUGACUUGCCAGGGAACUUGAAUCUGGAAGAGAAGGAGGUCGUCAUCAUCAAGGACAAUGAGCAAAGUGAUAAUGUGAAUACAGAGGGAGCAGUCUGUCUUUUUAAGCAAGGCUCCUCCGAAGAUACCAGUAUGGUCAGUUGGCUCAGUAAUGACCUUCAGAAGUAUGCACUGGGAUUCCAGCAUGCACUGAUCCCUUUGGGAAUGCCUCGCAAACCCAACCUGAUUGACACAGUAUCCCAGAACAACAACAAUACUGCUCCAAGCAGAUCUGGUAGUGAAAGACCAAACUCUGAGGAUCUUGCCUAUUAUGCCAAUAAGCUCUGCUCCUUAGUUCUUGAUAUGACACGGAAGGAGAUCAAAGAAAAAUGGGAAAAUUCUGGAAAGUGUACACGUCACACCAUUAGUCCCUAUAGUGCUGGGACCAAAUCUCCUGCCACCGAAGGGGUUGAAGUCAACAGGAAGCCAGGGAGGUCUGUCAAGAUUGAUGAUUCCCUCCCCAGUGAAACGACUAGCCAAAAUGUCUAUAAGGAGCAAGAAGCAACCUAUUCAGACAAAGCGAAGAAGCAGGAGGAUGCUACUUCUGUAAGCAGAGGGAUGAUGGUGUAUGCAAACCAGGUUGCUUCAGACAUGAUGUUAUCAUUCCUGAAGACCAUGAAAGUCCAAAAAGGCCGGCGCCCUCCACCUGCAUGUUCUGUUUUAAAAGAGGUGCUUAUGAGGCACACUAAGGAAAUUGUCUCAGACCUAAUAGAUUCCUCAAUGAAAAAUCUACACAAUAUUACAGGGGCCCUCAUGACAGACUCUGAUUUUGUUUAUGGUCUGAAGAAGAAUCUGUACAAUGUGGGAACUCAGAAGACAUCAGAGAUUUUGGACGUAAUGGUGAAAAGGUUGUUUAAACUCCUUGCUGCGGAAGAUAAGCAGACUAGAUCUCAAAGUCUAGCUUUUGCCUCUUAUAAAUCAGGGGAUAACCAAAGAACUCAGAAUAUGCAGUUUGCAUCCUUGAAACGUGAAUCUCAUAGUCAAGGGAGAGACCAGCCAAGUGGGCAGGGAAAGUGGCUUCCAACAGAAAGCAGAAAGUCGGACAAAGCAUCAAUGGACCUGUAUGCAAAAGAGCUCAUUAUAGCAGCUCUGACACAGAUUCAGCAGCACCUAUUAGAAAAAACCAGAGAGGCCAGGAACCAUGAAUCCAGUGCCUCUUCAUUUGGCUACAUACAUCAGAACACCAGUCAUGACCAUGAUGGUAGGAGCCGUGGCCCAAUUUAUUCCACCAGGCCACACGAAGGAAGAGCAGAAAUCUCUGACUGCCUAAGAGAUAAAGGAGGCCUGAUAUUGUCCAUGGUCCAGAAGAUCCUACGUGAGGCUGGUUUAAAUCUAGACAGCCAUGGCAGUGACAAAAACCAGAGAUAGAAGCAGAGGUCUUGGCAUAGAAAGAACCUUCUGAAGUGGACCCACUAGAUCACUAGAUCUGUAUGACAAUAUGGAGCAAAUGGACAAGCACAUUUAUUAACCAGUUGGUAACCUCUGUGGUGAAAAGGAUCUCUUUAUUCAUAACAAACGGCAUUUCCUCUGGUUUUACCUAAUUAUGCCAUCAUCACAGCCCCCACUGCAAGCAGUAACAGAGUGAACUACCAAUGGUUGAUCGAAUGGUAGAUGGGCAAGAUCAUCAAUUAAAAAGCAAACAUUAAAAAAUAA